AAACAUUGUUGCCAUACCCUCAAAGAAGGUGGAUCUCUAACCCUUUCCUUCUCAGUUCCGUUUCCGCUCCAGAUAGAUUUUGUCCGCUCUGCAGGAAUCACAGAUUCUAUAAGGGCUGUGCAGGAAUGCCGACACAGCUAUGAUUGUGCACGGACGGAGGUGAGGGCUGCAACCUCUCGGCAACAUGGCAGGUGUCACCCCCCGAGCAUAGCAUUAGCUACGUAGACACGGAACAGGUCGGCACGGUUGCGACAACCUCUCAUCUAGAGCUACUCGAGAGUUUUUCUUAGCCGAGAUUGGAGUGCGGCAACUGCACGUUUGAACGGACUGGAGGGACCGCGUCAGAUUUUCAUCAAUAGAAUCUCUAGUUGUUCCUGGCACGCGACUGCUGUGACCCCCAUUUGAUGGCUCAAAGCACGCUAUCCUCCCAGUUCAGGGGGGUCGACAUAGACGAAUACGACGAGAAUAAAUUUGUGGAUGAUCAAGAGGAGUCUGCGGAACUACAAGGACCCGAUGCCACCGAAGUGGACAACCUCAUCAGGCAAGGGGAUAUGCUUGCAGCCUUCCAUACGGCACUCAAGAACCCGCCCAUCAACUCUAAGAACGCUGCAGUCAAGGAGAAAGCUCAGGCGCUGGUGUUGAAGGUGCUCACCAGUUUCAAGACCAGUGAGAUCGAGGGAGCUGUCAAGUCCCUGGACAAGAAUGGCGUCGACCUUCUGAUGAAGUACAUCUACAAGGGCUUCGAGAAACCCUCAGACAACAGCAGCGGUGUCCUCUUGCAGUGGCACGAGAAGGCAUUUGCCGCAGGUGGUGUUGGUUGCAUCAUGCGUGUUCUCACAGCAAGAAAGACGGUCUGAGCUGGCGGCCCCACUGCUCUGCUCUGCACUACACUGUAUUACUCUGCACUUCAGAGGAUGGGCAAGAUCUUGUGCACUGAAUGGAUGUGUAGAGAUCCAUGGAUGGCACCCAUCAUGGCUCAUAUCUCCCCGGUUCUGCGCUCCGCUUUCCACACUCUGCAGUGCAAAUUUAUUUUUUUGUCCGGGACUUGGCAGAGACACAAAAAGAUCACUGUUAUAUUUUAAAAGUUUAAACAUUUAAGGGUUGAGAGAGGCAAUAAAUGGAGGGUUCUGUUUGAAUGAAUGAAUGAAUGAAUGAAUGGAUGGAUGCCAGCCAAAGGUUUACGUGAAUGAAAUAAUGUAUGGAUGAAUGGAUGCCAAGGUUAACGUCUGUGGCGGUUGUAUGUAAUGUGACAAGUUUAUUACCUCUUUUCAGUAAUUUGACCAAACACAAACUGGGUGAGUUCCCAGCCCAGCCUAGUUUUGAUUCCUGUUGGGGAUUUUUUGUGUGUUUGUGUGUUAGUGUGCUGUGACAAAAGACUGGUAAUAAAAAGGAAUCUGGAUAUACAACUAG